AUGUCAGCCUUCCGCAGGAUGAAGGGAGACACCGGGGACCGGAAGGAAGGAGGGCGAGGAAGAGGGGCUGCGGGGGGCGGCGAGGGGCUGGCGCCGGGGUCACUAGAGGGCGCCCGGCCCCCGCAGACCUCGCUGCUGCUGCUGCUGCUGCUGAGCCCGGGCCUGCGAGGGAGCCCCGACUGCGCCUUCCCGCACGGCCCCAUCUCCUCCAACUUCGCCGCGGCCUUCCGCAAGCUGGCUGACCACCUGCUUCAAGACUAUCCAGUCACUGUUGCCUCCAACCUGCAGGACGACCAGCUCUGCGGCGCCCUCUGGCGGCUGGUCCUGGCCCAGCGCUGGAUGAUUCGCCUCAAGAUGGUGGCCGGGUCCCAGCUGUACGCCCUGCUGGAGGCUGUGGACACAGAGAUACACUUCGUCACCUUGUGUGCCUUCCAGCCCCUCCCCAGCUGUCUACGCUUCGUCCAGACCAACAUCUCCCACCUCCUGCAGGACACCUCCAUGCAGCUGGCUGCUCUGAAGCCCCAGAUCAAGAGCCGGAAUUUCUCCCAGUGCCUGGAGCUGCAGUGUCAGCCGGACCCCUCCACCUUGCUGCCCCCGCAGAGUCCUCGGGCCCUGGGGGCCACAGCCCUGGGAGCCACGGCCCUGCCAGCCCCUCAGCACCAGCUGCUGUUUCUCUUGCUGCUGCCCCUGGCCGUCCUGGUCCUGCUCACCGCCGCCUGGCGCCUGCACCGGCGAAGCUGGCAGAGAACGCCCCGCCCUACAAAACAGAGGAGGACGCUGAGGCCCAGAGAGGGGCGUUGCCUGCCAGAGGACACACAGCCAGGACACGGGCCCGUCCUCGCCCCAACUCCUCUGGAUCUCUCGCCAGGAUGGAGACAACACCAGAACCCAACCUCGCCCUGA